AUGGAUCUUGUGCCCCCAUCUUACCAGUCCGCAACCACCAGGGAUGCGUGGUCUUUUAUUGCUACAUAUAUCCCAUCUAGCGACCUAUGCGCAGCUACAUUAGUAUGUCGGAAAUGGCAUGCACUUUUUAUGCCGUUCUUGUGGGGUGAUCCUGCAUCUCACUUUGGGACUGACAAUGAUGCCGUUUAUGUCGCCUUGACAAGGUUUAGGAGAACCCUGGUGUAUGCCAGGUUGGAGGUGCGGAUGCUAACACAUACGCUUCAUCUGCCUCCUGCUCUUUCAGAAAUCUACGGAGGUCCGCGACCGGAAUGGCUGAGGGAGAUUCUCGAGUAUUUACCAUGCCUUCAGUCUCUGAUUGUCUCUAAAUUGCCGUUCUUUGACCAUAAUUCCAUGGUAGCUUUAAGAAAUAAUACGAACCGCGAACAGGUCAACGAAGCAGUCCCUACAUAUAACGUUCGUCUGCUGUUGGCGGACCACGAACCUAAUACAACCUCUCAGGGGCUUGCAGAGGCACUAUUACGUUUUCAGGAACUUGUAUAUCUUGAUCUGUCUUAUACCACCCCAGCUCGAGAUUGUAGUGUUCUAUCUGCUUUAUCUCAGCUGGAGCAUCUCCAGGUCCUGAAACUACGGGGCAUUGGGUUAAGAGAUAGCGACGCAGAGUUCUUAGCUAAUGCUAUCGGUCUGAGAGUUCGCUACCUUGACUUGCGGGAUAACAGGCUAACUGAUAUGGCUGUCCGAUCUUUACUGCAAGCUUCUUUCCUAUCACCAGGCAAUCCUGCAGUCAGCCAUGGCCCAGAGGUGGGAACGACAGCACCAGGGCCUUUCGCUCCAGCAACAUCGCCACCGACCAAUUCGAAAUGGCUCAGUUGCCCUACGUUAGAUGAGCAGUUCAUGAAAGCAUUAACACAGCCCUUGACAGGCCGUUCGUGGGUGGAGAACGUACCACAUGCGGGCAUUACACAUCUAUAUAUCGCAGAUAACCGGAUUACAGUCGAGGGAGCCGCAAGCCUUAUAGCUUCAUACCGACUUCACGCUCUUGAUGUAGGAACAGUUGACACCGCCGAGUCAAUUCGGGACUCGCGUGUUAUAUCCUCAUAUCAAAAAGACCCCCGAAAGCUUCCUGGCGCCGAAAAAUUGAUACCAAUUCUGGGUUCUGCCGCGAAAGAGAAUCUAACGUACCUACGUGCUCACCAUGCAGUGUGCACCGCUGAUGCCCCUUGGAAAGACCCUGUGUCAUCGAAUGGAUUUGUAGCAGAACUUCCAGCUGAAAGUGAAGAUCAAACCCCGGAGCUAGACGCCGCAAAUAUGAUCCACGAGCUCCCCGCAGAGGAGGCUCCUGUUUUUGAGCUUGCGGGGUCACCAGUUCCAGAGGCGUGGAGAACAGAGUUUCAACGUGGACAUGGUACGCAAGCGCCUAUUUGUGAAAAUGAGCCAUUGCCCCUACGAAGAAGAGGUUCUGUUUUUGCCCCCGAGGUGGUUGAAACACCAUAUACCAGGACAGACGGUGAUGCUACAUCUAUUACCAUUAGUCCGCUCCAUCCAGCCCAGGCUCAAGAAGGCUUAAUCCCGACCAAGUCGGAGUUCGGCGAGAAUACAGAAACGCCUGGUACAAUCCCAAGAUGUGCAUCCCCCGGAGUGAUGGACGAUCCCAAAACCCAGAAAAUCCAAGAACUCAUUUCAAAAAGACCGAGGAAUUCCGUCCUACCUCGCAAAGAUUACAAGGAGAACAGCUUUCCGUAUCUGCAUCCUUCUUUUGUUCCCCAUCUUGAGACAUUGGUCUUGACUGAUGUUCCAUCCCAUGUUCCCGCAAAUUCCCCCAUCCUGAGGUCUCUAAUCCGCUUCAUAACAGCCUGCUCACAUGAGGCGUUGCUGGCAACGCUCCAAGCAGGGUCAGACUAUUCGCUUCCUCCUGGUCGAGCUCGAGCCAAAGCUGAACAAGAACGAUCUCGGUCACUGUUUGCGCUGCGGCGCUUGGUACUUGAAGUAACCCCUGUUGAGAGAACAACAGUCAAAUUAACUGCAUGGAAAUCAACGAGCUACCAACAAGGGGCUUCAAAAUCAAGCACUGGGGAUCGAGAUCUGGAGAAACUGUGGUCAGCAGCAGCGGACGACUUCAGUUUCUUCGGUGAGGACGAAUGCGGGGUCCCAAACCAUGAUCCAGGGAGGUACUUCCCAAUGGCUGCUCUCAAUGAGAAAGUCACUUUGAUCCCAGAAGAUGAUGAUUCUGGAAACUCAGGGCAUCCAACGCCGGUUGCUUCUGCGCAGAAAUUACACCGUCCGGAUUUUCCCUCGUCUUAUGGCAGCCGUUCUCGUCCCUCUUCCAUCGACUCUGGGCCAGCGCGGAAUAACGGCCGCGUGGUUUCACCUCAAGCUGAUGCUCCGGAGGUUGACCUCAUCGCAGAAUUGGCCGCUUUCAGGCGUUCAAAGAAAGCUGAAUAUGAGAAUCUGUUGCGCAGGGACCGAAAAAGAAGGAGUACGAUAGGCACAACGUCUUCGCUCCUAUCUCCGUCGGGGUCGUUAUCAUCAUUCGGGCCAUUGUCGCCUUCUCCAAGCCUGUCCACUCUGGCAACAGCCUCGGCUCCUCAAUUGGCCAUGUCGCAUUAUGUGGAAGGAUAUUGGAAAGGCGAAGUGAAAAUUGUCCGAAACCCCGCACCCAAAGGGCGGAGUGGAGUGGUUGAUAUGUAUGGAAAUUACUUUGAAAAAGGGUACCUAUAUCCUUAA